AUGUCUCAGCAGAUCAAGAACGUUGUCAUUGCCGGUGUGAGUCCCAGCCUCUCACGGCCGCCCAGGCUGUCCGCAUCUGACUUGUUUCCGUUUAGGCGACUGGCAGCGCCGGCUCUCACGUCCUGCAGGCCCUUGUCAAGUCUGGCAAAGUUCAACGUCACCGCAGCGGUCCGCAAGGCCAACGACAAGCUGCCAUCCUCCGUCAACGUCAACGACGCCGUCAUCGACACGACCAUGAGCCCAGACUCGGCCAUGCCCCUGCGCAUGGUCGAGGCAGCCGUCGCCGCCGGCGUCUCCCGCUUCAUCCCCUCCGAGUUCUCCAUUGACCCCAGGAACUCCAAGGGUCGCUCCGUACCCAUUUACGCGCCCAAGAACGAGGUCCUCGCCAAGCUCGAGGAGCUCGCGGCCGCGGGCAAGCUCACGUGGACGAGCAUCUCCAACGGUGCCUUUCUCGACUGGAACCUGCGCACGGGCUUCUUCAAGAUUCACCUCAAGACCAAGAAGGCCGAGCUGCUCGACGGUGGCGAGGUUGUCACGGCGUGGACGCUGCUUGACCACGUCGGCCAGGCGGUGGUCGGUGUGCUCCUCCACCCCGAGGAGACCAAGAACCGCCCCGUCUACAUCUCUACGAUCCAGAUGAGCCAGAAGUCAAUGGUUGAGCUCGCCCAGCAGGCCCUUGGACGGGACGGUUGGGACAUCAGCUCGCUGGACAUGGAGCCGGUGUAUCAGCAGUCGCUUGGUGAGCUCUUCGCAGGCAGGGUCACGUUUGAGGUCAUUCGCAACCUGAUUCUGUACUGCAACUCGAGAGAGGACUACUCCGGACCAUUCGUCAAGACCGACAAUGCUCUCCUGGGAGUCGAGCAGUGGAGCGACGAGCAGGUGAAGCAGCUGAUUGUGUCGAUCGCUUCCGAGUAG